AUGACUCAAGUAACUGAUGACCAGCUGAAUGGAAUAAGAGUAGAUCUGGAGAAACAUGAGGUCAGCAGACAGAAGCUUCUAGCUUCUGUACAACAUGACCAAGUUGUUCCUAGACAGGUGACUGUAAAAGAGACAAUGCAAGAACGCCAGGACUUAGAAGCAGCAGUCGGUGGACAAAUAUCUCUCCUACGUGUUACAAAGCCGACGCUGAGAUUCACAGAGACAGACGACAGUGAGCUGAGAAUUACUGACAGCGGCUGUGUGGUGAAGGCUGAGGACUUGUCCAGGGUGUUGAGGUGGAGGAGAGCUGUGACAGACCGGCGUUACCAGACGGGCAGGUACUACUGGGAGAUACACAUCACCUGUUCACAUGGCUGUUACUGUCGUGUAGGAGUGACACAGGAGAGCUGUGAUGUGAGUGAGGAGACAGACCGUGGCCGUAACUCCUGGUACAUUGAGAUGGAGUACUGUGGUGAUGAGGUCAAGUGUUAUAGUCACAGUGGUGGUGAGAUCAAACCUGGCUAUCUACAGGACAGACGUUACACACGACCUCAUCACCUGGGUGUGUACCUGGACUGUGAUGACCACACACUGACAGUCCUGGACUGUGACAACAACCAGGUAAUAGGCACUGUCAGUGAUGUUAUCGUCACACAGCCUCUCGUGCCAUGGGUUGGGUUUUAUGUCAGGUCUGGAUCUGUGUCUGGAUCUGUGUCUGUGUCUGCUCGUCUGAUAACGGGUGACUCUGCAACUCUGCCUCCAGUUCUCUGUGAUAUGAUAAGCACUUACUGA